CCCGGCUCGGCGGAUUCAUGGCGCUCCGGCGGCUCGGUUCGGCUCGGCCCGCUCGCUUCCCCGCAUUGCGCACGCGCCGCGCACAGGUCGUGACACCAGGGCAGGGGGGCGCCGCUGCCAUGGCUCCUCACAGCCACCUCAACAGCCACCUCAACACAAACAACGGCACCGGAAAGCAGAACGGACUGGCUUGGAUCACACAGGAACAGAAGACGCAUCCCUCGCCAUGGCGUCGUCGAGCACGAUGAGCGCCUUUGCCAUCGACCAGAUGGCCCUCACCGUCCACGCCGCCGACGGCUUCCCCAUCGCAGCGCACCGCUUUGCGCCCACCUCGCACGCCUCGGCACGCGCCGUCGUCGUCAUCGUCAACGCCACGGGCGUGCAGGCGCGCUUCUACCACGACUGGGCCUGCUGGCUGGCAAUGCAGGGCGUCGCAGCCUACACGCUCGACUUUCGCUACAGCGGCAACUCCUUCCCAGCGGAGUACGCCGAGAGGCUGCAGGCGGCGCGCGGCGACGAAGACGCCUACGCCGAGAUCUUCGAGGAGGCUCUGCGCUCGGCGCCCGACGACAUUGGCCUCAUGCGCACGUGGUGUCGCGAGGACGUCGCAGCUGUCGCUCGUGCGGCGCAUGCCUCGUUCCCGAGCGUGCCCAUGACCUUCUUCGGCAACAGCCUCGGCGGGCAUCUCAUCACGCUGCUCGAGCCCGAGAUGCUGGCCGGCUUCGGCGUGCCCGUGCGCUUCGCCAGCGUCAACGGCGGCAAUGCGCACUGGCGCAACCACGACACGCCCGAGGAGUCGCGCUUCGGCUUCACCGAGGUCAUCAUCAAGCCGCUGCACGAGGAGCGCCUCUUCCGCGCCUCGUCGCUCGGCCUGGGCUUUGACAUCCCGUACGGCCCGGGCCUGGACUGGAUCGGAUGGUACACGCACCCUUGCUUCUCGCUCAACCAGCCCGAUGACGAGGCACGGGCAAAGGCAAAUGUGAAGCGCUUCAAGUUCCAGUACUUUAGCUUCUCGGAUGACGUGCGCAUCGGCCGGCAUAUGAUGCACCAGCACGUCUCACUCUUCUGCGGCGAUGACAAGCAGGUGUCGACGAUCUACAUCGACCCGACCAAGCUGGACCGGUGGCCCAUGCUCGGACACGUCACAUGCUUCCGGCCAACGGGUCCGCUCAAGUCAGUCACCGCACAGGAGGCCGUCGCUGGCGGGCCUGCAGACGGCGAGGCCGACGAGGCAGGGCGAGCCAUCCGCGGCGGCGAGGGCUACGAGCCCACCUCCCAGCCGGCAGCGCCGGAGGACGAGGAGCGGCAGCUCGGGCGCGAAGAGACGCUCUGGCCGCUCUGGCUCGACUACAUCCUCACCGGCGACUUCGACACGAGCGUCGGCGAGUACAAGCGCUGGGGCGACGCCGAUGCGCGCGACUGCAGCGCACUGAGGCGCGAGGAGGAGGAGGCGAGGAGGGUGGAGGAGAGGGAAGCGGCACAGCAGCAGGAACCUGCGGCACGAGCCAGACUGUAGACUGCGCCAUAGAUCCAUUUGCCAGCCUCGUUGGAGCAGAGCCUCAUGUGAUACGGCAAGACGUCUCUCUGAAGCUCUGCGCUGGCUGGAAGCGUCUCUCGAAA